UGCUUGGCUCAAUGAUAUGGACAAAACUCAUCAAUCAAAUGGUGGCCAAAAACUUUGGUAUAGAACCAUCUGAUUCUGUCCCAGGCUGCCCCUGCUUUAAAGUUUAGAGUGAGAGGGGAAAUGCAGAAUUCUCUUGAUAAAAAUCAUGGAUGCCAAAUACAGUGCAGAAAACUAAUUCCUGUGCUCCUCCACCCACCAAAUAAAAAGGCCCAACAAUAUAUUGCUUCUUCACUUUUUGCCAACAUAGAAUCUAUUAUUUUAUAUCUUUAAAUAGGCCUCCUAAAAUGCUCCCAUAUUCUCUCUACCCUCUAUAUAAUAAUUCACUUUCUUCUGACACUCCUUCUCCAACAUGAGCCAUGGAAUGCCACCAAUCCUAUCAGUAUUAUUCAAGCAGUGAUCUUCAUGACCAACAAGAUUUGUCAUACAUUUCUUCUCAGCCAAGCCUCCAGUCAGUUCCUUCCCUUGCCUCACAAUCCCACAAUCAAUCAAACACCUGCCACCACUGCCUCACCACUUUGCAAGGCCAAAACUCCUACACAUCCUCCCUCACCCUAGCUGGGAACUUCAUCUACACCGGCUCUUCCGACGGAGAAAUCAGAUCAUGGAGGUGCAACUCUUUACACGAAUUCGACAGCGAAAACCCAACUCUUGAUCACAACAUGGUGGCUGCUGGAAAGGGUGCAGUGAAGUCCUUAGCAAUCUCAGGUGACAAGCUCUUCAGUGCUCAUCAAGACCACAAAAUCCGAGUGUGGAAAAUCAACACCCACCACGAACAAGAUCGCCAAAAGUGCUCGCGGCUAGCCACGCUUCCAACGCUUGGCGACCGCGCUGCGAAGCUCCUGAUGCCCAAUAACCAUGUCCAGAUAAGAAGGCACAAGAAGUGCACAUGGGUUCAUCAUGUGGACACUGUGUCUGCCCUGGCCUUGUCAAGUGAUGAGCAGCUUCUGUACUCCGUUUCGUGGGAUCGAACGCUCAAGGUGUGGAGCACAACAGACUUCAGAUGCCUGGAGUCAGUAAGCAACGCGCACGAUGAUGCGAUAAACGCAGUCACAUCAUCAAACGAUGGACAUGUCUACACUGGAUCAGCAGACAAAAGAAUCAAGGUGUGGAGAAAAGACUUGGGAGAAAAGAAACAUUCUUUAGUUGCCACAUUAGAGAAGCACAAUUCUGGGGUGAAUGCGCUUGCUCUGAGCAGAGAUGGCUGUGUGUUGUUUUCGGGGGCAUGCGACAGGUCCAUUGUGGUGUGGGAGAAGAAGGAAGGUGAGGCUCACAUGGAGGUUGUGGGUGCGCUUAGAGGGCACACAAAGUCAAUUUUGUGCUUGGCUGUGGUUUCUGACUUGGUCUGCAGUGGCUCUGCAGACAAAAGCAUAAGAAUUUGGAGAGGGGUUGAUAGAAGCUACACGUGCCUAGCAGUUUUGGAAGGGCAUAAUGGUCCUGUCAAGUGUUUAACUGCUGCAGUUGAUGAUGACCAUUGCAGCUCAUCUAACAUGUCUUGUAUUAUUUACAGUGGUAGUUUGGACUGUGACAUCAAAGUCUGGCAGGUCUUUGUUCCUAGUAGUUAGGGUUUUAAUUUCUUUCUUAAUUACUUGUUAAUCUUCCUCUAAUUGAGUCUCUGGCCAAUUUAGUGUUUUGGCGUAGGCAAUGAGAGGAGAGAUUGUGUUUGUGCCAUCUCUUCUUAAUUUCUCUUAGCUUAUAAUUAAUAUAAUAAAAGAGACGAAAUAAUUUAUGA